AUGCCAUCAUCCAACGACGAGGUGUUUCACGCAGAAGACACGCCGGAUGAAGCAAAGGGAAACAAGGCCAGUCGAAAGAAACAGAAGAAGAAGGCAGCCAAGCAGAGACUCGAAGCCGAAGAUGACUCUGCUAAGGACUCAUCAUCUGAAGGCCCUCACCUCUCGCCCGAUCUGGUACCGACCCUCGCGCCAAUCGCGCCCUCACCUCCCCCUUCUCGUUCUCCAAGUCCUCCUCUAGACACUCAGCUUCCUGCUACAACACCAGACUAUUCCCCACCUGAAAAGACUGCUUCACCCUUGUCAAAAGUACCUGCUCUGCAAUCUCCCAGGCAACAGCUGCAUCCAUUUGCGCCAACCUCAGAGCCGUCUCCUCCGCAAGAUGGCGUAAUGCUGGGACAUGAUAGCUCAAAGAUUCCUUCACGCCUGUCUGGUGCUGGAUCUCCACUCCAUGCUGCUUCCCUAUCUUCGUCUCCCCAAGGUGGCAUACGGUUACCUCAAGGUUUCGUGUCGAGAGGCUUCUCUGAGGCUACAAACGUUCCUUACACUUCUACACCGGCGAACCAACCCAUGAACUUCGCAAACACCAAUCAGAUACUGCCAUAUGAGCCUUUGCCUCCGCACAUGCCUCAACGUCACUUCUCAAGGCUGGCCGAGUUCGACUUUAGCAGACCCGUACAUACAGACAAGUUCUUGCAAGCUGGAGCGAGAGGUUAUUACUGCGGCUUCGACACAUGGCAAACACCCAAAGGCGUCUCCUCUACAGGUACAAGCUCGGUCGUGGUUGUCGGCUUCGAAGGUGGUCUAGAGGUUCACAAAGUCAACCGACAGAAGACCGAGGUGCUAGGCCGUCUAGAGGGUUUACAUGGCGGUAUCAUCGACGCGAAGAUUUUGCCGUGGACAGCUCGUGACGAUCCAUUGGAACACUUACGUCCUCUGGUCGCCUGUGUCAUCCACGGCCCGGUGCUCGAUCGUGACCCUGAACAGCCGUCUUCCCCUCCUGGCAUCAAAGAGUAUCAUACCUUUGUCGAAGUCUAUUCAAUGCGAACCUGUCAACGUGUGAGCAGGCUUUUCCAAACCAGACCCGAGAAGAUUCACCAAUCAGUCGUAACNAAAGGGUUCAUACCUCCUCCACCCAUCGGCAACCUCAGUGUCGCUGCCGAAGGACGCUUCGUUCUUGUCACCUCAGGUGUGAGCGGUGAGGUCUAUGUGUUUGCCGUCCGAAGCAAGCAACCAGCUGCCGAACACCAGCCAUUCUGCUGUCUCGGAAAAUACUGGUCAAGCCUGCAGACAAGAAUCUCGUCAUCGGAAGAGAGAACCACGAUGACAAACAAUGAUCUUGGAACUGCAAGACUCAAGAACUCGAAGAGAGCAGUGUAUGCCUUGAGUGACCGCUGGCUAGCCAUUAAACCUCCACUUAUCUCGUCUUCGCAGACGACUUUGAAAGGUAGUACGGGUUCCAUCGACCAUAUUGACCCCGUUGGUAUCGCGAGUCAUGCUUCGCCAGCCCCCCCUCUACUGAACUGUGAGGUUGAUGCGCCGUUUAAUGAGAGCCUUAUCAGUCGUGUCGCCAAAACUACUACGCGAGAAAUAUACAAAGGUGCUCAGCAAGGUUUUCAAGCAUUGAAGACGUACAUCAACCGCCCGGCCAACUCGAAUGGUGAUGCUGCCUAUUACGGGUCGCCCCAAUCGCCCCAGACUGAGCACAAUGCAUUUCCGCCUACUCAUGCUCAUAGCAACGAACCACAAACAUCUCCGAUAGAGCCAGCACUGGUGUCCAUUAUCGAUCUUGAGAAAUUGUUGGAACGUGGAGAGCGGGAGGGCAAGGGGAUUCAGUCUUCUUCGCACACCUUUCAUCUGAACGAUGGAUGUUCCUUCCUCUCAUUUUCUCCCAGCGGGUUGUCUCUACUUGCCACUAACCACGUUGGCGACGAGUCAAGGGUCUGGGACUUGACCCGCAUCAAUGAUUGUAGAGCAGCUGUCGCGGAUCCGUCUUCCGUCGGUACUGUUCGAUUGGUCUCCAGAUUCCACAGGCUGUCGCCGUCAGUGGUGACUGAUGCUUUCUGGACGGUACGUGGAGACCGCAUCGCCAUCGUUACUGACAAAGGUACUGUGCAUCUGUAUGGCCUGCAAUCCUUGGAGUUCAAGCCUACGGUCAUCUUGCCAUCAAACUUGCCGUCUCCAGGCUCAUCCCCGCGUGAAGAACUCCAAGCACCAGCUGGAGGUUUCAUGAGCAACAUGCGUGCUGGAUGGCAGAGCAUCCACGGCCUGGCUACUAGGCCACGAAAUGGCUCGAACGGCAUUGUGAGUACCCUUGGCAACGCUUCAAUGGCUGCAAGGUAUGCAGGAGGAAGGGCUGUACGCCAAGGACUGUCCAAGGGAUUUGGCAUGGCUGCUGAAGGGGCUCAUCAUAUCCGACACGCCGAGGACAACAAGAUCCGUUUGCAUCCAGCUCAGCACUUUGUUUCGCCAAGAUGUGUACAGUGGCAGCAUGGCAAAGAUCGAGACAUGAUUGCGACUCUAUGUAACGGUGUUCUUACCUUGUUGGCUGUCAAAAACGUCAGCCAUACACAACACAAGAAGACCGUCAUCAGCCCGGCUGUAGAUAAAACGCCACUCUGGACACAGCCUCUUCCAACCAUUUCCAGCGAUUUAUUACCACCUUCAGUACUUGGGUUGCUUGAGCCUAAUGGACCCCACGGCGGGUGUGCUCGCGAAGGUUCGCAUGGGUUCUGUGUCUGGGAUGUAUCUCCAGCUCAAAGACUCGCCGAAAGACGAGCUUCUAAUGUCAGUCUGGGUAAGAGGAAAGUGAGAAUACCUAUCCAAGACAAGGACACAAACCCGUCUUACAUGCCUUACCAUCGCCUACCGACUGUCAAUCUCUUCACCGUCUCUGACUCUGGAAGUCAAACAGACGAGACAGACGAUUCUUGGGUGUUUGGACUGCCUUUGGCGCCCAAUAGGAGAGUCAGCAGCCCACAGAACGAUACAGCAGAGACCUAUGACGAAGGCAUUACCGAAGAAGACAUGGAAGGAUUUGUCGGUCAAAUGGAUGAAACUCUUCGUGGACAAGGAUUUGCGAAGAGUGACCACGAGCUCGAUGCACAGGAAGAGAAGCUGGUUGACAUGUGA